AUGCCGAAAGUGAUCAGCUACACUCCUCCCUGGCUCUCGCGCCCUUCCCCCGGCGCCUCUUUGUUUUCAAGCUCAGCUCCCAAGGAUCCAGGAAGCCUGCGGAGCCCCAAAGGUGCUGACUACCUUGGACCCUCGCGGACACUUGCAAGGCGCGGAAAUGAAGUUUUCACGGUUGUCGACAAUCAGAUCCGCUGGUCGAGCCUUACCCGGUUGAAGGAUGAAUGGCAGCAGCGCGCUAGGUCGAAGAACCAGCAAACUGAUGCAGAUGGUGUUCCAUACAGAACUUUGGUAGUUCCGGUGUACGAACAGAUCCGACAAAUUAUUCCUUCUCCGAACGGCGCUUUCCUGGCAAUUGUCGCAGACCACACCGUCUUCAUUGCUGUUCUUCCGGACUCCUCGCACUUAUCGGCGUCAGACGGCUCUCCGAUCCGCGUGAAAACAUAUCAACUUGGACCGACGACACAUGUCAUUUCAGAGUCACCGGUGGUAUCGGCAUUGUGGCACCCGCUUGGAGUCCAUACCAAUCUCGGAGGGUGCCUGGUGACAGUAACCGAAGAUGCCGUUGUGCGCCUCUGGGAGCUGGACCGCAAUAAUCAUUGGUCUUUCGACCGUCCGGCCUUGGCUGCUGAUCUCCGAAAGCUCAUCGAUGGGACUUCCUCUGACCAAGACUUUGCGCCCUCAGGGUUUGGGAAGAACAAGGGAUUUUCCUCAGACUAUGUUGAAAUGGAGGUUGCGUCUGCUCGCUUUGGCGGCGUUGGCAGCGAGAAGGAGGACGCCUGGGCGGCGAUGACGCUUUGGAUUGCGAUGAAGCCAGGAGACCUUUAUGCGCUUUGUCCGCUGCUACCUUCCAGGUGGAGAGCACCAUCGGCUGCAGUCCCGUCACUAUCUGCGGCGAUUGUACCCAAGAUGUCCGCUCUGGAAGAGGACCCGCUUGAUUACGAGGACCAGUUGACAGCCUGCCGACAGCAGUAUGAAUGGCUUGCAGAAAUCGACAACCAAGAACCCUUGCAGAUAAUUCCAGGCUCUGCGACGGAGCCCGAGUCUGAAAUCCUGACUCGUCCCGCUAAUCUUAGCGCAAUACCUAAGAUGCAAGGUCCAUUCCGCGUUGAUACCGGUGAUGAGCUUGAUGAUCUAGACCUUUGUGACAUGCUUGUCGUUGCGGCUAAAGCGGACACCGAUGCUCUGAUGCUGGGAGAAGAAGACGAAUUGACCAUAGAUAGUGGCGAUGACAAGCUAUCAGCCACAUUAAUCUGCCUUUCUUCUUUGAGGGGUAGGGUCUACAUCUGCCUUGAUCUGGAAGGCGUAGAGGGCCAGUGGCUCCCAAAGUCAAGGAAGAAUGCAUUCCAUGUGCCUGAAACCGAGUCAUCUGAUUUACUUUUGGUGGAAGUGCUGGAUACCGUCAAGGAGGAUCGCCGAUCAUCGGAAACGUGGCCGAUGUUUACGUCCGACGCCCAUUCUCGGUAUGGAUUCUUUGUGACAACCUCUCACAGUGUUGUCUUCAUUUCGCUUUCUUCAUGGAUACAACGACUUGAAAGUGAGUUGCAGUCCGAGGACACCUCUGGGUCGGGAUUCCGCCUUCAAAUUCUCUGCGAAGGCAAUGCGUCCAUCUUGGAGCCCAUCAUUCAGGUAGAUGAGGACGCCAGCACAUCCGGCAAUCAGCCCUUCCACCUUCCGGCUUCUUUGGUCUACUAUGACUAUGACUUGGGCUACUUGUUACUAAACUCCCAUGCCUCUCAUCCGUAUGCUGCUGUUCUCGAGAAGCCGAACUUCUUCCCGUCGUUUUCGCUCGAGUCGGAUCCCCAGCAAUCGGAUUCACCUACAAUCCCCCCUCAUCGACCUCCUUACCAAGCUCCCUCCGUGCUUUAUUCUGAUUCUCCCUUGGAAUUCUUCGUCGAUAAACAAGUUCCCCACCGCUACCGGAGCAGUCUCAAGGAACCCGUGCUGCUUUCUCCAGCCACCCUGGAUCUAGUGGCAGCUGCACACCGAAUUCUGUCUGCCCAUACCAAUGCACUUGAACGAGCUGCAUCAGAUCUCUUCCGUCGGUGUGAGAGAUUGCAGGGAGAACUACGAGACCAAUUAGGCCAAAUAUCUGAUGUAGCCGAUCGGAUCAAGGGUGUAUCAUGUGAAAUUGGUGAGGAUGGUUUGAGGAAGGAGGGGUCCAGAAGCAGUGCGGCUUUGGAUGAGAGAUUGAAAACGGCCAAAGACAGACAGGCACAGCUAGUCCAGCGAUACGAGGCGCUGCGGACCAAGGUGCUGAAAUCUGGUGGAAGGCCACUUAGUGAAAAGGAGUCAUCAUGGAUCGCUGAGGUGGAGACGAUAUCGGAGUCAUUUGACAAAGAACGCAAGGAGGAAUCUACACAGAAAAUCUCUCAACGACUGGAAGCUGUCAAGGAAAUCGCUUCGGAAUUACUCGCAGAAGCCAAGUCUGCUGCUGCUAGAAUUCCUGCUGCAACGGAGCCCAGCAGCCCGGCAUCUCCCACCAGCGCACAACCUCGGGUUCCCCAGCGACUUCAAAGGGCAAGGGUUGCCGAUGCUAUGCAAAUGGUGGAACGGGAAUCUGCUGUCAUUGAAUCGAUCACAACACGUUUGGCUCGGCUUAAUACAAUCGUAUGA